CCCAAUCACGCCUUUUUGAGGUGGCCAGCCGUUUCUCUUCUUGCCUGCUUCCGUCAGAGUCCUCUUCAGUACCCGGCUUUGAGUUUCGAGGUGAGCAUCUUCCUCCAAUCGAUCUUCGUUGCCACGGCCAACUUGCGCGAAUUCCCGAUCCACUGCUCUGGCAAUCGUUCCACCUCGAGCUCUGGUACCCCCACGCUCCGAACGCUCAAUUCUAACCACGCGUUUCCGCACACCACAGAUGGCGACCGCAACCCGCACCUUCACUCGCGCCCUGCGCACCUCGGCCCGGCCCGCGUUCGCUGCCGCCCCCCGUGUCGCUUUCCGCCAGAGCGGCCGCCGCUUCUAUUCGUCGGAGCCGCCCGCCAAGCAGGGGUCGUCGACCUGGCUGUGGCUCGCCGGUGCGGCUGCCGUCGGCGGCGGCGGUGCCUGGUUCUACCUGAACAACCAGCAGAGCUCGGCCACGCCCAAGGCCUUCACGCCCAAGUUCGAGGACUACCAGGCCGUGUACAACGAGAUCGCCAACCGCCUCGAGGAGAAGGACGACUAUGACGACGGCAGCUACGGCCCGGUGCUGCUCCGCCUCGCCUGGCACGCCAGCGGCACCUAUGACAAGGAGACGGGCACGGGCGGCAGCAACGGCGCCACCAUGCGCUUCUCUCCCGAGAGCGACCACGGUGCCAACGCCGGUCUGAAGGUUGCGCGCGACUUCCUCGAGCCUGUGAAAGCCAAGUUCCCCUGGAUCACGUACUCCGAUCUCUGGAUCCUCGCCGGCGUCUGCGCCAUCCAGGAGAUGCUUGGCCCCAAGAUUCCCUACCGUCCCGGCCGCCAGGACAAGGACGUCUCCGCCUGCACUCCCGAUGGCCGCCUGCCCGACGGCGCGCAGGGCCAGGACCACCUCCGCAACAUCUUCUACCGCAUGGGAUUCAACGACCAGGAGAUCGUCGCGCUGUCCGGUGCUCACGCGCUCGGGCGCUGCCACCCCGACCGGUCCGGCUUCUCCGGCCCCUGGACCUUCUCCCCGACUGUCCUGACCAACGACUACUACAAGCUGCUGCUCGACGAGAAGUGGCAGUGGAAGAAGUGGAACGGGCCUAAGCAGUACGAGGACAAGAAGACCAAGUCCCUGAUGAUGCUGCCGGCCGACAUGGCGCUCGUCCAGGACAAGAAGUUCAAGGAGUGGGUGCAGAAGUACGCGGCCGACAACGACCUCUUCUUCCGGGACUUCGCGGCCGUGAUCGUCAAGCUGUUUGAGCUCGGCGUGCCGUUCAAGGAGGACCAGGAGAGGUGGGUGUUCAAGACCGUCAACGCCUAAGGUGCCGCGCCCAAGGUGAUGAGGGUGAAGAAGGACGGUGGGCGGAUGUUUUGCCACGGCAUGUGUGCGGCGGGGAUGAAGUGAGAUGAGCUUUAGAGAGACGGCAUCAAGGAGGAGCGGGGUGGGAGAUAAUCAUUGUCGGCCACGUAUGAGUGUCUGCCAUCUUGGCUCACUCUCUUGGCGGCGCGCCCCUCGAGGGGCUAGAGCAAGAGCCGCCCGCGUUAGAGCGGGCACCGCGCGGACAAGUGCCUGCCGCGGUUUCACUCGACUUCUUUAGCGUUUUUCUGUGUUUACUAGACGAGUUUGUAGAACAGUGGGGGGUAAAUGGAUAUUUCACUCGUGCGAGGGCCGA